GAAAGGUGUCGCGCUUGUCUGUGAGAAGUGUUCUGAAACUUGAGUUAGUCACACAAGCAAGUAUAGUUGAUUAACGCAUUGUUAUAGAAACGAAACGUACCGGCGGUAAUUGGUUUUUGUUUACGAUAAAAUAUUUCUAAUUUAAAGGAUGAAAAUAGAAGAAGUCAGAAGUACUACAAAAGCACAAAGAAUAGCAGCUCACAGCCAUGUAAAAGGCCUUGGGCUUGACGAAAGUGGAAUCGCAAUUCAAGUAGCGGCAGGACUUGUUGGACAGGAGCAAGCACGUGAAGCUGCUGGAAUUGUGGUUGAACUGAUUAAAACAAAAAAAAUGUCAGGCCGUGCUGUUCUUUUGGCUGGACCACCUGGCACAGGAAAAACAGCUGUAGCCCUUGCAAUAGCACAAGAACUUGGUAACAAAGUCCCAUUCUGUCCAAUGGUAGGCAGUGAAGUGUACUCAUCAGAGGUGAAAAAAACAGAGGUACUAAUGGAAAACUUUAGACGAGCUAUUGGCUUGAGAAUAAAAGAAACUAAGGAAGUUUAUGAAGGGGAAGUUACGGAAUUAACACCAUGUGAAACAGAAAAUCCUAUGGGAGGUUAUGGAAAAACUGUGAGCCAUGUGAUCAUAGGACUUAAAACAGGCAAAGGAACAAAACAGUUGAAGUUAGACCCUACAAUCUAUGAGAGUUUACAGCGUGAGAAGGUAGAAGUUGGAGAUGUGAUAUAUAUAGAGGCAAACAGUGGUGCCGUCAAGAGACAAGGAAGGAGUGAUGUGUAUGCUACAGAGUUUGAUCUCGAGGCUGAAGAGUACGUUCCACUACCUAAAGGAGAUGUUCAUAAGAAAAAAGAAGUUGUACAAGAUGUCACUCUUCAUGACCUAGAUGUAGCCAAUGCUCGGCCUCAGGGUGGACAGGAUAUUCUUUCUAUGAUGGGGCAGCUUAUGAAACCUCGUAAAACAGAAAUAACAGAUAAACUAAGAAAAGAAAUUAACAAGGUUGUUAACAAGUAUAUUGAACAGGGAAUAGCAGAACUUGUUCCUGGAGUCCUGUUUGUGGAUGAAGUUCACAUGUUAGAUAUUGAAUGUUUCACUUAUCUCCAUCGUGCAUUGGAAUCCACCAUUGCUCCAAUAGUCAUAUUUGCUACCAAUAGAGGGCGCUGCACAGUGAGAGGGACUGAAGAUGUCAUUUCUCCACAUGGAGUUCCCCUUGACCUCUUGGACAGGUUGUUGAUCAUCCGCACUCUUCCAUAUUCUCAUGAAGAAAUGGUUCAGAUUCUGCGAAUAAGAGCUCAGACUGAAGGAAUUGAAAUUGAUGAAGAAUCCCUCAUAUCACUUGGGGAUCUCGGAACAAAGUCAACAUUAAGGUAUGCUGUGCAGAUGCUAAGUCCGGCUUCAUUGUUUGCUAAAGUCAGUGGUCGAGUCUCCAUUAAAAAGGAUGAUAUCAAGGAGGUUGCUGAACUAUUUCAUGAUGCAAAAUCCUCAGCUAAGAUACUAGCUCAACAAGAUGACAAAUAUAUGAAGUGAAACAUUCCUUCCAUUUUACUCAAAAAUAUCUUAAGUCAUUGUUCUUUUCAGUUUCAGUGUAUUAUGUUUGUUCUUUCAACCUGUGAAUCUAUUAAAGACCACUUUUAAAUGUA